AUGGAAGCUUCUGGUUGGCCUUCGCAAUGUCAAACCGAAGAAUCGAAGCAGAACUUUCUCAAAGAUGUUGAAAGCCGAGAAGAGAUUAAACUCAACCCUGAAAAAAUGAAGUUUAAUCCAGGCAUGCGCUAUGUAGCUAAAUUAUUCCUGAAUUCGUUGUGGGGGAAAUUUGCUCAGAAUGAACAACAUUCCAAAACUGAGUAUGUGAAUGAAGCAGAUCGAUACUUUAAGCUAUUGUAUUCAGAUAUUCAUGAAGUGAAUCAAGUGGUGUUGCUAGAUGGAGGCGAAAUGGCUCAAGUGACAUUUACGGAAAAAAAAGAAGCGAUUAAACCAUUACAGUAUGGAAAUGUGGUGUUGGCUUCCUGUGUCACGUCCUGGGCAAGAUUGAGGCUCUACGAGAUGUUAGACAAAUUGAAGGAACAGGUGUUAUAUCAUGACACCGAUUCAAUUAUCUACAAAACAUCAUCUCCUGAAGAAGAAGAAAUUCCCACAGGAUCUUCUUUAGGUCAAUGGGAAGAUGAAUGUAAAGAUCCUUCCAAGAAUUGGCUUAUUGAAUUUGUAUCAAUAGGUCCCAAGUCAUAUGCUUAUCGAACCCAUGAAGGAGAAACAUAUAUCAAAUGUAAAGGAGUCACGUUGACGACUUCAGUCCGUGAUAAAAUCCAUCUUCAAUCUAUGAAAGAAAUGGUGGCUGAAAAACACGUGACUCAGACAGUGUCUUAUCCACGUCGAAUUGAACGAGAUGCUGUAUUUAAACAGCUUCGCACCGUGUCUAUGAACAAAUGUGUUCAGCUCGUCUACACGAAAAGACAAUUUUUAAUGGGAACUUUUUGUAGCAUGGAUUCAACAUUGACUGGAGGGGAGGGAACUAAAGUGGUAAGAAAUCAAGACUCAUUUUAUUUUGAGGGAGAUUUGUAUUUACACCUCGAGAUAAGGAGAUGA